GUACGGAUGGCAGUGUCAUUAGUGCACUUGUGCCUGAAUAACUUUGUAAGAAUAACUUGAGAUGACGGAUUUUUUUCAAGGUGACAAGUGGGAUGAUCCAUUGUGGAUAUUAAGUGUUUUGGCUUUCUGAAUAUAGUUCGCGAAUGUAAUAUGCAUUUUUUGCUAAGUGGACUUUAAGACCGCAGUUUUAUACAAAGACAAAACUAGGACAUCGUAAAUUUUUAAUCAUUUUAACCUGCCACCAUGGACUCCGGUAAAAAGGAAGUAACGUUGCAGCUGUUGAUGGCUGUAGGUACUGCUGUUAUCGGAUCCUUACAGUUUGGCUACAACACUGGAGUCAUCAAUGCACCUCAGAAGAUUAUUGAGAGCUUCUACAAUGAGACGUGGUUUGACAGAUAUGCAGAGUACAUACCGUUAAGCUCACUAACUGCACUCUGGUCCUUAUCAGUGGCCAUCUUUUCUGUCGGAGGCAUCUUCGGCUCUUUCUCAGUGGGGAUAUUUGUCAACCGCUUUGGCAGGAGGAAUUCAAUGCUCUUUGUAAAUGUUCUGUCCUUCAUAGCCGCCGCUUUAAUGGGCUUCUCCAAACUGGCCAAAUCCUGGGAGAUGCUCAUUAUCGGACGCUUUAUAGUGGGCCUUUACUCUGGCCUGUCCACAGGUUUUGUGCCCAUGUAUGUGGGGGAAAUCGCCCCGACAUCAUUGCGAGGGGCGCUGGGAACUCUUCAUCAGCUGGGCAUUGUUAUUGGCAUCCUCAUGGCACAGAUCUUUGGCAUUAAAGAAAUCAUGGGGAAUUCCACAAUGUGGCCCUUUUUGCUGGGCUUCACUUUUAUCCCAGCUGUCCUUCAGUGUGCCCUGCUGCCCUUCUGCCCUGAGAGCCCACGCUACCUCCUCAUCAACCAGAACGAGGAGGCAAAAGCCAAGAGCGCGCUGAAGAAGCUACGUGGAACUGAAGAUGUGGGUGCGGACAUGCAGGAGAUGAGGGAGGAGAGCAGACAGAUGAUGAGGGAGAAGAAAGUCACUAUUCUGGAGCUGUUCCGGUCCUCGCUGUACCGUCAGCCCAUCUUCAUCGCCAUCAUGCUGCAACUCUCCCAACAGUUUUCUGGAAUCAAUGCUGUUUUUUAUUACUCUACUGCUAUAUUUGAGAAGGCAGGAGUAUCUGAGCCUGUCUAUGCCACCAUUGGUGCUGGAGUUGUGAACACGGCAUUCACAGUUGUGUCUCUCUUCGUAGUGGAGCGGGCUGGCCGAAGAUCACUUCAUCUCAUCGGGUUGAUGGGAAUGGCUGUAUCUUCUGUUCUCAUGACUAUUGCUAUGGCACUGCUCGAUAAAGUGACAUGGAUGUCGUACGUGAGCAUUGCAGCCAUCUUCAGUUUUGUGGCAUUCUUUGAGAUCGGACCGGGUCCCAUCCCAUGGUUCAUAGUGGCAGAACUCUUCAGUCAAGGCCCCCGGCCAUCUGCCAUCGCCGUUGCUGGUUUCUCCAACUGGUUUGCCAACUUCUUGGUGGGAAUGUGCUUUCAGUAUGUUGAGUAUCUGACGGGCCCCUACGUGUUCAUCAUCUUCACCGUCCUUCUGCUAAUGUUCUUCGUCUUCACCUACUUCAAGGUCCCGGAGACAAAGGGCCGGACGUUUGAUGAGAUCUCAGCAAGCUUCCGUUCUGGGGCAGAAAAGUAUACCCGAGAUGAUCUCAACACACUGGGGGCAGACUCUCAGCUCUGAGACCUCCAUCAUGGUUGUACAUUAAUGCUAUCGACUAACCAAGUGACUGUCCUUGGCUAUAGAGUGCUGCAGUCGUGCCAUAGUUUUGUAAGCCAAAACUCAGAAGCGAGUAAGCAUUUGAGCACUUCUGGUUUCCUCGUCCUGAAGUCAAUAUGUUUGAUGGGUCUUUGGCGUGAACGCCUAAAAUAAGGUUUGUGGUUAAUAGAAGCUUAAGAUAUUUUUGUGUUUUGAUGUACGGCGUAAACACAAUGGUAAAAGCUCCACUCAUGAUUUUUAAAGACUUUACACGUCUUGAAAAAGGCAAUUGCUAGGGACUACAGAUGUUAUCUCAAAAAUAAUGCAAUUUGGGCCCAAUUACAAAUAAAACGUGAUGUCAAACAACCAUGGUGUAGUCAAUUUAAAGCUUAAAGAUCCCAUGUGGAAUUUUUUGGAGGAUCUAUAUACAGAAAUGCAAUAUAAUAUACAUAACUAUGUGUUCAGAGGUACAGUAUAUAAAGACCUUACAUAUUAAAGCAUUAUUUUUUUAUUAUCUUAGAAUUAGGGCUGUCACGAUUAUUAAAUAAUCGUCUCAUCGCGAUUGUUUGACCUCAUCGCGAUGAUUUCGGAUCAUCGCAAUUAUCGCACAUCUCUAUAGAAGACACUAGGGGGAGCUGUAGUGCAUCUGCAUAUUGCAUAUUUUAGUGUAUAUAUUGUUACUAAAGCAUUGUAAUACUUGUAAAAUGUACCACCACAACACAAUCACUUAAAAAAAAACUAAAACAUAUACAAAUUACCUGCAGUACAAUUUAAUAUUAUUUAAGCAAAUCUCAGUGUGAAAACCAGUCUACCAAAAUUUCAUUAACACAAAAGUAAAAUUUUAUUGUAGUCUUGCAAGUGAGAAAAAAACAGACUAGAAGCUUUUCUGUGACUGAUAGUAUUUUAACGGUGGCUUCAUUUCACCCCUGAUGAAUUUACUUCAUUUACAAGUAUUUGGCGGUUGUAUUGUUGACAGGUGAAAGCCUAAACCUUGAAUAUAUGAUGACCCAAUUUUUUCCGAUGUAUUUCCAAGAAAAAAACAUAGUCUUGUAUUCAGAACAAUAUGGUCAUUUCAAUCGCUGAAUCAAAAAUGAAUGAGAAUUAAAUGUCAAAGCUCAAAAACAGACAAUUAAUCGGCAUAAUCGCCAAAGCCCUAAAACAGACAAUUAAUCGCAAUGAUUUAUCAGACAAUUAAUCGUCAAUCAAAUUUCAUAAUCGUGACAGCCCUACUUAGAAUGAGCUGUUUCUAUCUACAUACACUGCGGGCCCUAAACGGACAAACUGCUUUACAGAGCGUGUUUCGUAAAUACGACAAAGAAGCGAAAACGUGACGACAUCUCAGUCCUGUGUCAGCUGCCGUAGUGCUCCGUAAGGGAGGGGGAGCUGUAGAGUGAGCCGUUGGUUGCAAUUCGCAACCUUACUGCUAGAUGCCGCUAAAAUCUCUACAUUGCUCCUUUAAGUUGAGUUUUUUCAUUCGUUGCGAUUGUAUUUAGGCUUGCUAUUGUAUUUAGGCUUUAAAACUCAUAAAAGUUGUCUUAAUUUGUGAAGAUUAUCUUGAUAGACAAAAUGUGUAUCAUAAACAUUUGUUAAUCACAGACCUUAUGUUUUGCAAUAAUUCUCAAGCCUGCGGAAAAAAAUCUUAUUGGCUUUUUGUCGAGGUAACCAGUGUGUUGUUAACUUCUGGGUUGGUCUACAAUACAGUAUGUCAUCAGGGGGUAAUUUCACAAUGGCAUGCCACUGUAUUAGUCCUACUUGGAAUGCAAAAGUUGAUACAGUACAGGUAUGUUUACUGUGCACACCAUGUACAUUUUUUGGAUGCAUCAAAUAUCCAACUUUGUUUUGUCCAAUGCUUUGUCCAAGGUGUGCAGUAUUAAAAUGAAAUACCAUACUAUCUUAAGCCAUCACACUUUAUGUCAUUGGACUGCCACAAUUUAGAAUAUUUGUAUGCACAUCACAACAAAAUCACUACUCUGUAUUUAUUUUUUUGAAACCUGCAUGUAAACAUGCAACAUUGUGAGGUCAUAUGACAGCAAUGUACCAUGCUAAAUGUUUGUUGCAAACUGUAUACAGUUUUAAAUACCUUUUUAAUAGUAUGCAGCAUAAACUUAUAUAUGCAUUACAGUAGGCACUAUUAUAGUAUUUCAUUCUGAUUAUACCCACUGUCUCAGUUCAUGUACUGUAGCACAGGGCAGACAUACAGUAGCACUGUAAAAGGAAGUUCCUUCUUUUUUGCUCUCAUACUAACCUCCAGUGAGUGUUAAUAUCUUUUUUUGGUUUUGUCAUUGGGACAUGGUGAAUGGUUUCUAAUAGCCUAGUAAUGACUCACUGUGUUCUUUUCUGCAUGUUCUCAUACUGUAUUUGUGUACUGCUAGAUCAUUUUGAAUGAUUUAACAUUCAAUCGCACAAUUCAAUGUAGGAAUAUUGUUUUCUCUGUUUGCACUUGCAGUUUUUUUAGGUAUCUUUUCUAUUGUCCAGUCAACACAUAAUGAGGCUAUUGUAAGUUCUAGUAUGUCUCAUGAGGACAGUGCUGCAUAUUAGAGACAUCAUGGUGUCAGAUUAUGAUAUGUGUUAACUGAUACUUGAAUUUUACCAAUUAAGGAUUAUGUCACGAUUAUUUGAAGAUUAGAAGAUUCUAUUCACGUGUGACGUUUGAGGUUUAUUAUAUUUUUAAAUUGGACCAAGCUUUUUGGGGGUCCAAUAAAUGAAGAAACAAAAAUAAUAUAAAAAAAUGUUUUUACUAAUUGACAUAUUGCAGUAUAAAAUAUAUAUAUAUUUGAUAAUUAUAGGUCUAUUCAAUACACUUAUUUGGUUUGAUUUAGCACGUAUUGUCGAUACUGUUUUUAAAGUGCAAUACUUGUUCACAUAUUCUUGUUUAUUUGUUCCACAUAUUACUGGGCAUUAUAAAUUAAACAAUUUCUAAUAGAUUUUUACACUUCAUAUCUAAAAAUAUGUAUCUUUGUGUAUGAAAGACAUUAAAACCAUUUAUCUAGAGGAAGAUGGUAAAUAAGUUCAGUUUUGCUAAAGUGUAAUUUUAUAGAUCUGCCUGAUAUUUGAAAUUGCAUUAGAAUUCCAAAAAUGUGCCAAGACAUGCCAUUGAUGUGAGAGUAAAGAUUUUUUUAAAUAUUAUAUUUAGUUGGAAAUAAAAUCAAAUAGAGGACAACUGU